AUGAAGAAUAUGGAAAAAGUGGUCGCGACCUUGCAUGAACAAAAUAUUGUGUUUGGCGAUCUUCGUCGCCCGAAUAUUCUAGGUACCGGAUUCUUUAUUGAUAGAUACCCUGUUACGAUAAGUACUGAGAUACCUUGGCCCCAAGGUGCAAAUCCUGGUGCUUUACUCAUGCAAGCGCAUGACGUUCACUGGCUUCAAGUGAUAAAUCAUGAUCUGAAUUUAUAA